AGCAUAACGCGCCUCUUUACCGGUAUGUUUUACUGUGGGUUACCUGCCCAGGUGACAUAUUUAGCACCGAGGCGGCUGAGAGGAGCCGUUCAGUUCUCACCUACUGCAGGGGAGGCUCCAGAAGGCUGCUCCCGGCCGCCCGCCCUCCGCCCUCCACCACCCACUUCCACCACCAUUGCCUCCACCACCUACAGUGUAAAAGCAUCCACGUCUUCCCCACAGCCAACACUAAGCAGCCACACCCAGUCCUCGUUCAAGCACCCAGUUCUCGUCUCGCCUGCGUCUUGUUUUCGCCUGACGGUUCUUCUGCACAUCUGCUUCUUAACGUCCGCCGCCAUGGAUGAAGAACAGAUUGCCACCAUGAAGAAGGUGUUUCAGAUGUUCGACCAGGGCAAGACGGGCUUCGUGGAGUGCAGUAAGUUUGUCAACAUCCUGAACACACUGGGCCAGGCCUUUGACGAGGAUGAGCUCAAGAACAGGAUUGCGGAGAAUGACCCCAACAAAGAAGGGAAGGUGGAUUUUGAGAAGUUCUGUGCCAUUGUAAUGCCCUUCCUAGAGGAGGACGACGACGAAGCCAUGCACGAGGAGCUCAAGGAGGCCUUCAGACUGUACGACAAGGGCGGCGACGGCUACAUCACCACGCAGACGCUGAAGGAGAUCCUGAGAGAGCUGGACAACAAGCUCUCGGAGGAGGACCUGGAUGGCAUCAUUGACGAAAUCGACGAGGACGGCUCUGGGACAGUCGACUUCGAUGAAUUCAUGGAGAUGAUGACGGGAGAGUGAAAAGGAGAUCUGAGCCACUCUCUCUCUCUCUCUCUCUCUCUCUCUCUCUCUCUCUCUCUCUCUCUCUCUCUCUCUCUCUCUCUCUCUCUCUCUCUAUUUUUUCUUUUCAUUUCAUUUCUCUGAAUUUCUUUCAUAUAAUUUGGUCUUGUUUUUUUUUUUCCCUCUAUGCUUCCAAAGGCAAUGUAUUCAUUCCCUUUAAUAUUUUUUUUCAUCUUUUUCCCUCGAUGCUCUUGCUUCCAUUUUUUUUUAUUUUAUAUUUUCUGCACUGCAUAAUAUUCAAUGUUUCCUUGGUUUUAAGUUUUCUAUCAUCAUUGUCACGCUUGCACAUAUUUAUUUAUUUUUUCGCUUCCUUGUUAUUAUUUUCCAUCAUGUAUUUCUCUCUCUGGCUUUACUCUUCCGGUCUUUCUCCAUUCCAUUUUUCAAGUCUUUACCUGUAAGGUUUUGAGUAUACGUAAUUUGUAAUUCAUGUCGGUAAUGUAUUUUUUUUCCUGUAACUCGAUAUCCUGCCAUUAACUGUCACUGUAUGUAUAUGAUGUACAACGUUGCUGCACGUGUAAUUAAUCUUUUUAUUCACAUAAACAAUUGUCACGUAUUUGGUUUCUUCUGCAAUGAGGAACGUUUCACUCAAGACCCUUCGCGCUGCCUCUCCAAUGCUGCAAAAAAAACAAGAUCACAUCUACUUUAUAAAUCUUCUUCAGGAACAA